UUUAUUCUUUAUUUUGAAUUCAGACGAAGCUCCCUUGCAAAACAUAGAACCCUACUAGAACCAGCUAAAACCCCAAACGCUUUUUACGACAAUGGAGCUCUGCACUUCUACUCGUUGCAUCCCAAAUCGUCUACCAAAUCUUACAUCCUUUACCCCUUACAGAACUUGCUUGCAAUGGAAAUUCUCUGUCCCUUUGAAACCAAACUCGAUUUCUCGCAACAAUCAAGGAUCACGCCAUUACAACUACUCUUCUAUAAAAGCAUCAGCUUCUGAUGAAACAUCAAGUGGAGCAAAUCAGUAUGUCAAAGAAGAACCAAAAGUACUCAACUACUCACCAGUAGAAGAAUCACCAAAUCCUGAUGAAUCAUCAAAUGGAGCAAAUCAAUAUGUCAAUGAAGAACCUGAUAGUGGAGUGACGGAAGCUCAAUCUGAGGAGAAAAGUGGAUUUGGAGGAUUUAGUCUAUUCAAAGAUGAUGAUGCCACAUCAGAUGAUCAAUUCCCUCAGUUUGAUUUUCUAAACAAACUCAAUAUGGAGUUGGAUUUUGAGGACACCUUUUCAAUUUCUUUACUCGGUGUAGGUGGUGUUACAGCCUUAUGGUUAACUGCAUCAAUAGUUGGAGCCAUUGAUAAUAUACCUUUGUUUCCAAAAUUGAUGGAAGUUGUAGGCCUUGGCUACACUAUCUGGUUUAGCACACGCUACUUGCUCUUUAAGAAAAACAGAGAUGAAUUGGCAUCAAAGAUUGAAGAAAUUAAGCAACAGGUUUUGGGGUCGAAAAAUUGACAUGUGAGAUCACUGAAAUUAUCCUUUUUACAUAACUCUAGAUUUCAUACUAGCUUUUAGUUAUAAUAGGAUGAUGCUUAUAUGUGAAUAAAUACAAAGUUUGAGGCUGUGUCUAUUUUCUUUAUAGUUGAAUUAUGGAGAAUUGAAGUAUUUUGAAUUUUUGAGAUGAGGUG